CCGAGGGCCAGCGAAAAAGACAGCCUUCGCUGAGAUCACGAUACGACAGUGAUAAGAGAGCCAAGAUAUCAUUUCUUCGAGCAAUUGACCACGCCGCGGUGCCGCGUCGCGAUUCCUGACCGAGCGAGGAAAAAGCUCGAGGCAGGUCCGGCCUUCGUCAGAUCUGCGGUGAGCUUCCCUUCGGAAGCGAUGCGUAAGAAACGUCGCCCGUGCUCCAGUUUGGCUCCUAGCAAAACUGGUGGUCUCACACCGUGUUUGCCGGACCGCUCGAUGCAGCAGUACUCCAUUAACGCGACGAUGUCCGGGAUCGCCGAACACCGGCUCGACACGGUCAAGCCUACUCACAGCGACGAGUCUCUGGCCGAGCUGUUCGCCCUCAUUGAGAGCAACCCCUGCCUCUGGAAGAGCGACUCAAAGAACUUCAAGAACGUGCGACUUAAGCGUCGACUAUGGGACCGAUUCGCCGUCCACCUCCAGAAGUAUUUCCCCCAGCUUGGACCGUUCACUGGUGACAACCUGCGAUAUGUGUACAGCAUCAAGAGGCGGCAGUACUACGAUGAGUUGAAGGACAAGACUGGACGGACGGAAACCGGAGAUCUCGAAUACACUGGUCGGUGGAAAUUCUUCGACUGCCUGAGUUUUCUGCGCGUUCAUUCGGAGCACUUCCGAAAUGCCGUAAUUAGUCCUCUACUUCACUUCGAGGAAGAACAGUUGCACGUGCUGGGGGAAGAACGCUGUGAUAUGCUGCUGGAAGAAGGCGAAGGCACCGUAAUGGAACCCGACGAGCUGAGCAUCUUGCCGGACAGCGUGUGGGUGCCUUCCAAGCCACCGGGGGUAGCCAACGACAAGCCCGGGACGAGUGACAGCACAGAACACGUCCUUGACUCACCUUCGGCUCCACCACCCGCGAAGAAAAUUUCGUCCUCCACGGCCCCCCUCGACCUUAUGCCAAUGCUCCCUGUGGUCACGUUCAACAGCAGUAUCAGCAACAACGCCGUGCCCCAAAUUGAGAGCGUGCAGUCACUAAGUCCCACCGUGAGUGGCUACUACGACGAGUGCGAUCAGCUCGGCAAUAUAAUUGCCAACUAUAUGCGUCGCCUGUCGGAUCAGGACCGGCUCGAGUUCCACUGCCACAUCAUGAGCUGCACGAAGGACUUUUUCAACUGCUGCACCCGCUUCAACGGAAAACAGCGCCCUUGAGGCCUGUGGACAUUGCCGUGGCCUCCGAUAUACAGUGCCCUUCUCGUAUCACGGAGCAAAUGCAUCUGUAU